CAGCUCUGUGGACCAAUCAUAAGCUUUUCUCCCUGAGUCUGUCCAACGAGCAGCGAGGGGGCGUGCCCGUCCUUAUUCUGCCUGGUGUUUGCGUGAGAACCAUAACAAACAGUCCAGGUCCGCGGAUGGCAGUUUCUUCGGGCUAACACAGACACAGAGAACCGAAGCCAUGGGCAAGGCCCAGUCACACCUGACCAAACUCAAGGCCGAGAGCCAAGACGCCCUGACGGUGGCCGGCGAGUACACGGACGGCCCGGCCGAGGAUGACGGCAAGAACGGAGACGUGUCCCAGUUUCCGUACGUGGAGUUCACCGGGCGGGACAGCGUCACGUGCCCCACGUGCCAGGGCACCGGCAGGAUCCCCCGGGGUCAGGAGAACCAGCUGGUGGCUCUGAUCCCGUACAGCGAUCAGCGGCUGCGGCCCAGCAGGACGAAGCUCUACGUCACCAUAUCGGUGACCCUCUGCCUGCUGCUGUCUGGUCUGGCCGUGUUCUUCCUGUUCCCGCGCUCCAUCGACGUCUCCUACGUGGGAGUGAAGUCGGCCUACGUCUCCUACGACAACGACAAGAGGAUCGUGUACCUGAACAUCACCAGCACUUUGAACAUCACCAACAACAACUACUACUCCAUCUCGGUGACCAGCAUCACGGCUCAGGUCCAGUUCUCCAAGACGGUGAUCGGCAAAGCCAAGUUCAACAACAGCACGGUGAUCGUCCCUCUGGACGAGCGGCAGCUGGACUACACCGUCCCCACCGUCAUCGCCGAUGAGAUGAGCUACAUGUUUGACUACUGCACCCUACCGACCAUCAAAGUGCACAACAUCGUGGUCAUGAUGCAGGUGACGGUGACCACCUCGUAUUUCGGCCACACGGAGCAGGUCUCCCAGGAGAUGUACCAGUACGUGGACUGUGGCGGCAACACCACGUCGCUGCACGGGAACGUGCAGGUGUACCAGUGAGGGGGCGGAGUCAGGACGAGUCCAGGGACGAAGCCGGCGCCGGGGUCUCUCAUCUGUUUGGUUUGCACAGAGACGACUCAAACUCCCAACCACUGUAGUUUAGUCCCAUGGAACUGCAGACGCCACAUUCCCGUUUCCUCCUAACGAUCCGCACAGAGCGAGGAAGAAUCCUCCUCUUCCUCAAAGACCAGGACUUGGAUGCAGUGGGAAUCAAACCGCUCAACGUUUCCGUUAUUUCCUUCACAGUUUAGUGCAAUAGAGAUCCCGUUUUCUGUUUUUCCUCCUCCAGUAAAUGAAUUAAAAGAUUUUUAAAGAGUUUUAAUCAGUGAAGCUGCUGAGAAAAUGUUUGAAGGGAUGGUUUCCUGACGGUUUGUUUUUGCUUCUCAGCAUCUCGACUUUUAACUUGCUUCUGUUUUUGUGGGUUCAGCAGCUGUGAUGUGUUUGCUGUUUUUAACGCUGUCUGAGUUUCUCUUCUGUGUUCAUGGUUCUUUUCUUACCGUUUCUACCAUCUGAAGCUGCUCUCUGCAGAUGACAUGUCGACUCUUUCUAACAUCUAUGCAGUGGUUUUGUGGUUUUAACGCAUGAAGCUGAAAAUAAACUCAUUGUCACGUUGGAAA